AUCAAGACACAGCAUCAUCUUUGGCCGGUUGGAAAUUUCUUUCGUUUUCGCUAAAUCCUGGAGGAAAUUUCGUUCUAGUCGUAUUUGAAACAUAACUCUCCAGCUGUGCGAUGAAUCCGUUAGGAUGUUUUAUGCUGGUCGCCUUCAUCGGUUCUAGCAUUGCUGCUACACAGCCGACACAACGCACAGUCAGCAGCCACCUCACCACGCAAGACCAGGAGCGUUUCGAUAAGGUUUUCAGCGAAGGCUUGAAAUCGAACGAUUUGCAGGCGCUCUACUUCUCCUCCGCCAAUGUGGCUCUGCCGGCAAGCGAUGUUGCCGGUUCGUGCAAACGAUUGUUUACUCUUCAUGCUGAAUCCAAGCUAAAUGACUUUGAGAAAAACUACUAUCUGAUCGGAGCCCGUAAGAACUUUGGCUGCAAGGAGGCCCUGCCAGCAAAGGUUGAGAGCAGUGUCAAGGCGGCCCUGUCUAAGGAAGCCUCUACUGCACAGGAAAUCUAUUACAACUUCCACUCGGCCAAACUGGCUGGCGUGACGGUGGAUGAGAAAGCACGCACGGCUCUAGGAAAGAACUUGCAAACGGUGCUGAAGAAGGAUGACUCACUCAACUCCCUGGGACACGCUUUUGCGGUCGCCUCGGAACUUGGCACGGCCGGGGCUUUCGCUUAUGACCGCAUCGAAGAAGCGUUCGUACAGGCGGACGAAGUCGAUGGCAAACUGUUGCAGUUUGAAGGUGGCCUUAGUAUCACUGCACUCAUCGUAAAUGGCGGUUUCCGUCUAGCUUCAACCCUUGGUAAGCCGGCCCCGAUUACGGCGGACCAGGCAGUGAAGUUUGCAAACUACUUCCUAUCUCGUGCCUCCGUGCAAACGCCAAAGGGAGUCAGUGUGCUGUUGGAAGCCCUGAAUCUACUCGCCUCGCAGAAAACGAUCGCCCCGAUCUGCAUUCGGUUGGCCAACAAUGGACAGCUGCUUCCGGAAUCGCCUGUUUUGCGCGUAAAGGUUUGCGAUCUUCUCGGAAAACCUCUGUCACCAGCCUUGGCCGCCCUGUCAACCACAGUUUUGUCGCUCUCGACGAAGCAGGAACUCGUUAGCAAGGUAAAUCUCGUCCCAAGCAAAGACGAUGCGACCCUGUACACAUACAACCUCCAAUCGGCCACCCCGACACGCGGUCAGUUCCGUGUCGAUGUAGAAGCAGCCCCAUCAUACCGUCAGCAGCUCAAAGUGAACGUGCUCGGAAAGGUGCGCGUAAGUUCGCUGGAAGUCGGUGUCGGAGACACAGACAGUACGGCGUCCAGUGUAAAGCGACACUCCGUGACGUAUCCUUCGAAGUUGGCGACGGUUUUGAACGCUGAUUCGCAGCAAAAGGUCGUCCUCAAGACCAACCUGGUCGAUGAUGCUAGCGGAAAACCGAUCACCGUUCACCAGGCCUUUGUUCUCCUGCGCCAUCAAGAAACCCGGCAGGAAAUAAUCUUCGUCGCCGAAACGGACACCAGCAAGGCGUACAAAUUCGAGAUGGAUGUCGGUGCCCGAGCAGUCGAUUUUGCCCACAAGAGCGGCUUGUACGAGCUGCGACUAAUCGUUGGCGAUGCGCUGCUCUCGAACUCCUUCCAAUGGUACCUGGCCGAUGUGGAACUCAAGUUUCCCGCCACCGAAACAGCUGCCGGCAAGCAGGCCACGGUCGGUGCUGGCUUCCGUCAACCACUCCCGGAAAUCGAACAUCAGUUCCGUGUCCCCGAGAAACGUCCGGCACGGUUCGUUUCCGAUCUAUUCACCGCGUUAUGCGUCGCACCGCUCGUGAUCCUCUUCGCCCUGUGGGCUAAGCUUGGCGUGAACGUUCGGAACUUCCCGCUUUCCCUCGGUGCGGUUGGAUUCCACGUGGGGCUGGGAGCCAUUUUGGCCUUGUUCGGUGUGUUCUGGCUGCGGUUGAACAUGUUCGAGACGAUCCGGUAUCUCAUCCCACUGGCGCUGUUCACCUUUUUCUGCGGCAAUCGUAUGCUGCGCAAAAUCGCUCGGGGAGGAAGUGAGAAGUAAGCUUGCCGGUUCGAUCGAGUCUCAAAUCCCAUUCAUAGUCCAUUAAUCGAACAAAGGGAAAAUUCUGAACUGAACGGCGGAAGGGAAUAAAUGAGGUGCAUGACAAAUGAUUAGUAGGGAAACAUACAAGUACGAGCAAGAGAAGAGGGAGAAACCAAAAAUCAUUCCUUUUCAAUGUACCGACAGUCGCUAUUAAGGAGCGGGGACAUGAAGACAACUCUUGUGUCUUGGUCAAAUUUCUUUUUCGAAUGUUCAUCCUCCGUUAACUUUCAUAGAUGAAGUCGUUGGCUAAACUACUUCAACCUUUUCUUUUCUCAGUCGAGUUUUAACGGUCUACAACACAAUUCUGAUAGAAAAUCCCACAGCGAUGACGUGCUGUGCAAGCGAUAGAAGUAGGAUUUAAUGUACUGAGUCGUAUGAGCUGAGAAAAGACGGAGAUCCAAAAUGUAACAGGGUCCAUUCAGUUGCAUUUGUCGUGUGAAAUAAACGUAUGAAAAUGA